GUCCACCGGUGGUGCGAUCCGGUGCAAGCCCUCCGGACGGCGUUAUAUGAGCCCCGGGAUGCGGGGAGUGAGAUCGCGAGCUUGGAGGGAUCUGCUGGAGGUGGAUCUGGGAAGGUCGGUGCGCCGCGGGGCGGAAAACGUCGCCAACAUGGCAAGCGAAGGGCGCAGCAUCCACUCGGACAACAUCGCCGCGGUCCACGAGGUGCCCAUGAAGGUGAUCAUCAGACCCAUCCCUCCUGUCUUGGAGGAAGGAAAGGUGGAGAGCCUCAUGAGGACCAUCCAGGAAGAAGCUGACCAUGUGCCCCCGAUAGAUGUCCUCUGGAUCAAAGGCCGAGAAGGGGGCGACUACUUCUACUCAUUUGGAGGGUGUCACCGUUACGCAGCCUACAAGCGCCUGGGCAAAGAGACCAUCCCAGCUAAAAUAAUCUGCUCCACCAUCAGCGACUUGCGGACUUACCUGGGCUCCUCCCUGCCAGAUUUGCGGUAGGGAUGCUCUCGGUGGUCCUCGCAAGGCUGCC